GCUCCGUGUCGACGAAAAUCUGACCAGACCAAACUCCAAGGUCAACCAAAUGCUAGAACAGAAGCCCUCUCCCUCCCUAAAAAACUUUCGAGGCGGUCCCUUUCUCGCCCCAACCCAACCCCGGCAGACACUCACCAGGCCCCAAGUAUCGAAUCGCUCAGGCAACAUGAACGACAGUACUGGUUCGUCUUCGGCCGUUCCUUCUCCACUUUGCAAAGAACAAUUAUUUUUCCGACAAGCUUGAUUACAACAAAGCUUCUCCUUUUUCAUGGCUUCUCAGACCCUUUCAUCCCCUCCCAAUCCUUGUUGGAGCCAUGAUGUCUUCCUUAGUUUCAGUGGUGAACACACCCGCAAGAACUUCAUUGACCACCUCUAUAGUGCCCUCAAGCAAGCUGGAAUUCACACCUUUCGAGAUGAAGACGAGCUUCCAAGAGGAGAGCACAUUUCUAGUGAACAGAUCAAUGCUAUUCAAGGAUCCAGAAUUUACAUUGUCGUUUUCUCAAAAGACUAUGCUUCUUCCAGUUGGUGCCUUGACGAGCUUGUGGAGAUUGUGCGCUGUAAGAAUGCCCUGAGCCACACUCUUCUUCCAAUAUUUUUUGAUGUGAUUCCCAGAGAUGUCCGAAAACAGACCCAAACUUUUGCUGAAGCAUUCAUUAGCCAUGAAAAGCGGUUUCGGGCUGAGAUGGAGAGGGUGCAGAAGUGGAGAGAAGCUCUUACCGAAGCUGCAAAUGUUUCCGGCUUGGAUCUCCAGAAUGAUGCAAAUGGGUUCGAAUCAAGGCUUAUUGAGAAGAUAGUUGAAGAAAUUUUGUGUAAAGUAAACCAAGUUUACUUGCAUGUUGCUGUCCACCCUGUAGGAAUAGAUUCUCGUGUUGAAGAGAUGAAAGCUUUAUUAAAUAUUGGAACAAGUGAUGUUCGUGUUGUAGGUAUCUAUGGGAUAGGUGGAAUCGGUAAAACAACCAUAGCUAAAGCUGUCUAUAAUGAAAUAUGUAAUGGUUUUGAAGGAAGCAGUUGUCUUCUACAGAUUAAAGAAAUGUCACAACAACCUGACGGUUUAAUUCAUUUACAAGAACAACUUGUUUCUGAUAUCUUGAAAACAAAGAACUUGAAGGCUGGGAAUGUUGAUGGAGGAAUCAAUGAAAGAUUUUGUCGCAAAAGAGUUCUUAUUGUUCUUGAUGAUGUGGAUCAUUUAAACCAGUUUAGUUCAUUAGUUGGAAACCUCGAGUGGUUGGCUCCAGGAAGUAGAGUUAUUGCUACGACAAGAGAUGAACAUUUGCUUACUGAGCUAGGAGUAAAUGAGAAAUACGAGGUACUGGAAUUGAAUCCUGAGGAGUCCCUUCAACUUUUCAGUUGGCAUGCCUUUAGAAUGGCCCAUCCAAAAGAUGGUUUCUUACAGCUUUCGAUUGAUGCAGUGGGUUAUGUUGGAGGAAUUCCACAUUCUCUUGAAGCUCUGGGUUGUUAUCUUCUAGGAAGAAGCAUUAUUGAAUGGAAAAGCGCAUUAGAAAAAUUACAAAAAAUUCCUCAUAUGAAUAUUCAUUACAAUAAGUUGUGAUUUCCUAGCUAGAUGAUAUGGUUGCUGGGCAGAUUCCUUGAUGUUGUAUAUAUGUUUCUUUAUCGGUGCAGACAAGGAAAUGCCAUCAAUGUACCCGUUGUUUGUAGUUUAGUAUCA